CGCAUCUGGAGAAAGUAUGUUGAAGGAAAUACAGGAUAAGUUUGAAAUUGAUAAGUCUAGCGAUUACUUCCGAAUGUAUGCAUUUGUCUUGGAGACCAUGCAACGUUUAUAUAGAUUGUACAAGUGUAGGUUGCACAAUUACUACAAAAGUGCGAGAUGCGGAAAAACUAACGAGGAGCUCAAAAAGAAUCCUCCUCUUGACUUACCCCAACCUCAAUGGGAAUAUCUGAUCAAGUAUUACGGAUCUGACAAAUUUAAGGUCAUAAGUGAGAGGAACUCUAAAAAUCGGAAUUCUGACAAGAGAACUAAGCAUACGACUGGAAAUUUAUCAUUUCCUGAAUCAGAAGAUGUAUUGACAAAAGAGAAUGAUAAUGUGAAGCUAACUGCUGAUAAAGUUUGGCUUAUCCAACACACUCGUAAGAAUGAUCAAGGAAAACUAGAAUGGCUCGAUACGCGGUCAAAAGAAAUCCAUGUGAAGUUGAAAGAUGUUGUUGCAUCAGCUGGGGAUUCAAUGACACAAGAUGAAAUUUUGCUUAGAGUUCUGGGCCAAAAGUCAGGGAAUGUACGUGGAAAAGGGAAAGGGAUACGUGCAUAUUCUAAAGAGAAAGCACAAAUAGAACAACGUAAGAUUGUGGAGCAACAACAAGAGAAAAUUCAAGAGCAACAACAACAAAUUAAAGAUUUGAUGGAAAGUCAGUUGCUACAACAACGACAAUUUGAAGAAUAUAAGGCACAACAACAAGAAGCAAUUGAAUCGAUGAAACAAAGCAUCUUACAACAGCUACAGAAUAAAGAAGUUCAAUGAUUGUCAUGAAUGCUUAUUAGGGAAACAUAUCUUCGUUGAAAAUUUUUUGUACUCAAUGACGAAGUUGGUGAUAGCUACAAGCAUUUUGGAUGCGCGAUGUUUUGGGUUAUGAAGAAGCUAUAUAUGCACUUGUAUAUUUUUGGACUUUUUAAAAGUGCCUAUCACUUGUAAUUUUUUGCAUAAAAAUUUGUGUAUGGU